GAGUAACCAACGCACAAAACCUGUACCGUAGGAUACAUGGGCACCCACCUGGGGUUAUCAAGGUGAUCUGUUUUCUGUCACGGCAGCCCCAGCCUGAAUGACCCGUGAGUCUGGGCCGUAGGCUGUCACUCGUGAAUGCUGCAGCCUCAGGUUCAAGGAGGAAGGCAACCUGCGGCUGUUGGAUCCUGCCUUGCAUCCUUCGGAUCCCUUCCAUCAUUACCUCUCGCUCAUGCAGGAUCUCCUGUCUUUUGAAGUUGGAACAUCAGGAUUGAGUCGCGUUGGCCUCCACUCGUUUGGUGACAGCUCUACUUGAGUGCUGAAAGCAUUGGCUUUGGGUGGCGAGAGAGGGUGAUCCAGCAAGCGUAUCAGCUUGUUGCGUAUUCACAGACUGUAGUUGGCCAGCUUUUGUGGAAAGCUAGACCCAAAGGCACUGCUUGAGUGAGGAAGUAGGGCCGGCAGAAAACUGUUACUGUUACAUCAUGGAGGACGGGGCCACAUGCACCCCCAGUAUGGAUGAGGGGUCCUGCCAUAACCCGGACCAGGCAAAGAAGCUCGCGAUUGCAGCGAUCUUCGUCAUCUGGGUUUGCAGCUCGGCGGGCGUGGCACUCCCCAUCUACGGUCGGCGGUUCGUUAAGUCGCUGCAGCCAGGAAGCAACCUCUUCAUUUUAGGAAAAGCCUUGGGCGCCGGAAUCAUCCUUGGGCUCGCGUUCACGCACGUCCUCAACGACGCCACCGAAGACCUGACCAAUGAAUGCCUCACCGGCAAGUGGACCGUCUACCCGUGGAGCUUCUGGAUCGCGUCGAUGGGCGUCGCGCUCAGCCUCGCGCUCGAGCUCGUGGCCGUGCAAGUUCAUGCUUGGAUCUCGGGCCAGAACUCGCUACUCGCGCUGGCCAAUGGACACCAUCACCCAGACCAUGUGCAUGUGCACGGGCUUGCGCACCAGGGGGUAGCUCCUUCUGUCGAUAGCGGGGAUGCGCACCCCCCCGCCGGGAGUGUCAAGUCACUGGAUGUGGAGGCGGGCAGCGUGGCCAAGGAGAGCACUUUUGGGACCCCCCGGCAUAAGAUCAUUGCUGAGGUUCUUGAGAUUGGCAUCAUUGUGCACUCGGUCUUGGUGGGCAUUGGCCUCGGCACGAACACCAGCAAGUGCACCGUUACCAGCCUCUUCAUCGCGCUCUGCUUCCACCAAUUCUUUGAGGGCGUGGCUCUUGGCAGCUGCAUUGUGGAGGCCGCCUACAAAAGCUUGACAACCUUCCUCAUGGCGUUCUUCUUUGCGAUCACGACGCCACUUGGGAUUGCUAUCGGGCUCGGAGUCAGGUCGUCUUACAACGACAACUCCCCAGAAGCGCUUGGGAUCGAGGGCACCUUCAAUGCAUUCACGGCUGGGAUUCUUAUCUACAUGGCGACUGUGGACCUGAUUGCGCACGAUUUCUUCAGCGCAAAGGUUUUGGGGAACCCGAAGCUGCUCUGGGGUUGUUUCUUAGCCGUUCUUUUGGGGAUGGGUACGAUGGACUUGCUAGCAUACUGGGCUUGAAUACGGAAGUAGUUGAGGGGUAAACGGAUACAAGUGGAUAUAGUUGUCACCGUUUGGACAAGGUGGGGCUCGCGAGUCCCACAACUGUACGUCAAGUCGCACAUUUGUCUCGGAAUGCACAAGAUGCUUGAAAUCUGCCAGCACAAGUCUGUCGUCCUCGAAAGAAGCUGCAUGCUUUGCUCAACCACGAUCAAGCUGGUCAGGAUAUCCCGUGUUGCUGUCCCGAUGCCAUCAAGAGAAGGUGAUAGGAGAAGAUCUGAACAAAACGUAAAUGAUAUAAGAAGAUAACUCGAAAGCAGCUGAUUCUAGUUCUGAGCCUUUAUUAGUGCAUGCUAGGGUCCUCAAUCGAACUUUUGAUAGUGUAGCAAUUAUAUUGGAUCGAUGUUUUGUGCAUUUAAAAGUCCAAACCUGGUCAUUCAUUGUGACCAUUCCCUUAACUUGUUGUCUUGCUUCAUUCAAUCGUUUACUAACGGGCA